GAAUCAGUCUUGUAGUGCAGCAAUUCAUGUUCACAUCGAUAUGGCUGUUCAUCUCAGCGCUCUUCUUAUCCUGGCUGGACUAACAGGAAUUUCUUGCGUAACUACCAUCGCCGAAGUAUCCGUGAAGACUGACAACUCAGUCACUAUCCCCUGUCUCUAUGACCGUCAAUACAGAAACAACGUUAAAGCCCUGUGUGUAGGAUAUUAUUGGAUCUCCUGCAAAUUUGCAGUUAGAACAGAUCAGCCAGAUAGAUCAGGAAGGUUUUCCAUCUCUGAUGACAAAACCCUGAACAUUUUCACUGUGACUAUGAAACAGUCGGCAAAUGAAAGAAUGGUUUACUGGUGUGUUGUGGAGAUUGAUAGAGGAUCAGAUCGCGGAGAGUAUUUUUACCUGUCAGCCACCACAGGUACGCCCAGUCUCUAUGUGGAUAAUCAGGAGGUUACAGGAUUUAUUGGAGAAGCCAUAACCAUCAGCUGUCGCUACAGUACCGCUGGAGAAAUGAAGUGGUGCAGGCUGGGAAAGAACUGUGUAACACGGCCAUCCGGAUCAAUAGACGGAACAAGAGUGACUAUCGUUGCACAGAGUUCUACUGUUUUCACUGUGACUAUGAGUGAACUGAAGCUAACGAGCAGCGGCUGGUAUUGGUGCGCCAAAGGAGGCUUCCAGAUGCCAGUGCAUGUAACUGUUACUGAAAAACCCACCACUACCACACCUCCUGACACUUCUGAUGCUGGAUCAACCACCAUAGAAGCAAACGGGCAGAACGAGUCAGAAGUCUCUGCAAGCCCUCCUAUUGACCUAAAGCUCCUCAUCAUCCCUCUGAGUUUGUUGGUCUUCAUCGUAAUCGUGGCCUUGCUCGUCUGGGCUAAGCUGAGACACAAGCAGACCAAAGCACAACCAUCAACCACAGCAACAGCGAAUGAGGAAAUAACAUACGCUACAGUUAAACCCAAGAAAAGAAAAUCUAACCAGACUCAAGAGGAUGCAACGUACUCCAAUGUUGGAUUUGUGAGAAAAAAAUCCUCACAGAAGUCAAAUCCUGAAAGUGAUGCGGAGGUGAUGUACAGCUCUGUGGUUACCAUAAAGAAAAAAAAUGUGAAAAGGGAUGAAGCUAAAGAUGCGGAUGUUACGUACAGCACGUUAGCUGAGUACCACCGAAACAUUUAAAUGUUUCAACUGUUGGUCUUUUUGUCCGUAUCUUACUGGCCUCUUUUUCUUUCUUUUUUUAGAUUAGUAUCACACUGUGUCCUCUGCUAGUGUUGACUGGUAAUAACUUUUCACUUCUACUUUUUGUUUUUUUACAGCUGCAAAAAAAAAAAAAAGAAGCAUCGACCUGUUGGUUUGCUCUUGUGACCAAUGACAACAUGUUUCUUAGUUUUCUUGUAUUUUUUUUUUAUAACCAUUGACAUCAUGAAUAAUCCUGACAUUUUUUUUAAAUGUUUGGGAACUCAUUGUAUAUAUUUAACCUUUUUGUAUUUAUACUUUCAUGUAUAUUUGGUAAUGUUGUGUAUUUAAGGAACGCAAGUGAAUGUGGAUGGAAUGACAAACUUGCAGUUCAUCAAAUGGCUGAACAACGUCAUGAUAAGAGAGCAAACUGGAAUGAUAUUUUCUUUAUUUGAAUGUAUUUGUAUGCAUUAUUAUGUGAAAAAUAUAAAGCUUUAUUCAUUAUUCAGUUGUUACUGCUCUCAUAACUCCCUACACUUUUUGAAAGUUUAUCUACAGCAAAAUAUUCUGUAUAUUUUUUUUACAUCAUCACAUUAUCAAAACUGUAACAUCAUUGCAGUAAGGAGAUGUGGUAGAAAUGCAGGUUCCAACUUUUGUAUAUUGCAUAUUUAAAUAAACUAUGAAGUAGAUUCA